AUGUCUGUCGCAGAAUAUGAGUCAAAGUUUACCGAACUUGCUAGAUAUGCACCACACAUGGUGGACACUGUCUACAAGAAGGUCAGGAAGUUUGAAGACGGCCUCAAUGUAGAAAUACUAGACAGAAUCAAUGUGCUAAAAGUUAGAAAAGAGAAAGGAAGAGAGAGCUCGGCUGAGAGGGGGAAACCGGGAGGAAGGAGAGAAAAAAAAAAGGGAGGGGGGGGGGAAGAAGGAAGCCUUGUGGAAUACCAAGAUUCAAGCUUAAAAUUGUGGAAAAUUCAUCUUCAAGUCACGCGCUAUUGCCUGCCUGAUUGUGAUCUGUCUGAUCUGCUUCUGCAACUAUCUGUGAUCAGGCGCAUGACCAAGCUUGGAGGCGUCUGCCUGGAAUCAGUUCUUGACAGCCAACCUAUGUGCCUCCCGUGGAGGUUCCGGUCAUGACUAGUGGUUAUGGCUAAGUACAUAAGUUGAAGUUUUAUUUUCCUGUCCAGCUAGACAAGUCCUUGUGUAUUGUGUGAAUAAGGCUAAGUCCCUUUUGUCUAGCUUAUAUGUGCAUAUAUAUGAUGAUGUGUAUAUAAGUAUAUAAAAGGUUAAAAUUUUUUUGUCUCAUAU